GCUGGGGACAGCAGCGACUGUGGCAGUGGGGGCAGCCUGCUGAGCGUUGUUGGCAACGGUGGGGACGGCAGCUACGAACGGCAGCACGUGCACGAGGCGCACCUGCGCGAGGCCUUCCAGGCCAUGCACUGCAUGCAACUUAAGGGCCAGCUGUGUGAUGUGCGCCUGGUGGCCGGUGGGCAAAGCCUGUUGGCGCACAGGCUUGUGCUGGCCGCUUCCAGCCCCUACUUCCACGCCAUGUUCAACAGUGACAUGUGUGAGAAGGCGCAGGCUGAGGUGGUGAUUCACGACAUCGCCUUCUCGGCACUCCAGCAGCUUGUGGAAUUUGCCUACACUGGCGAGAUUGUAAUCACUGAGGGCAACGUUCAGAGCCUGCUGCCUGCCGCCAGCCUGCUGCAAGUGGGCAGCGUGCGCGAAGCGUGCUGUGCCUUCUUGCUGGGACAGCUCCACCCGUCCAACUGCCUGGGCAUCCGCAGCUUUGCCGACACACACGCCUGCCGCGACCUGCUGGGCAAAAGCCACCGAUACGCCCUGCACCACUUCCGCGAGGUGGCGCACACCGACGAGUUCCUCAUGCUGCCUUUGUCGCAGGUAGAAGACCUGAUCUCAAGUGAUGAGCUCAAUGUCUCCUCGGAAGAGUUGGUCUACGAGGCCACCGUAGCCUGGAUCAAGCACGAUCUGCCCGAAAGGGAGAAGUACGUUGGCAAGCUGCUGCAGCACUGUCGGCUGCCGUUGAUGCGUCGGGAGUUCCUGCUCUCCAAGGUGAGCGAGGAGCCACUGGUGCGCUCUAACGAGGAGAGCAAAGACCUGCUCAUCGAGGCCAUGCGCUACCACUUGAUGCCUGAGCAGCGUGCUGCCCUGGCUGGACCGCGCACCUCGCACCGCAGACCCGAGGGCCUACGCUCCUACCUCUUCGCAGUUGGUGGAGGCUCACUUUUUGCCAUUCACAGUGAGUGUGAGUACUACAAUCCACGGACGGACCGCUGGAGCUCGUUCGCACCCACUGUUCACCGGAGAUCUCGAGCCGGCAUAACUGCGCUGAACCGAAUGUUGUAUGCCAUUGGCGGCUUCGAUGGCACGCGGGACCUGUCAUCGGUGGAGUGCUACGACCCCGUGCGCAACACGUGGUCCUUGCUCCCGGGAUUGGGCAGCCGACGCAGCUGCCUGGGAGUGGGAGCCCUGCGUGGCCUCAUCUAUGUGGCUGGUGGCUACGACGGGACCUCUUGCUUGAGCAGUGUCGAACAGUUUGACCCGCUCGUCGGUGCCUGGACCUCUGUGGCUGCCAUGGAGUACCGUCGCCGAUACUGCCGCCUUGCUGUCCUUGAGGACUGCCUGUACGCCGUUGGAGGUCACGACGGGGCCAACUACCAGUCGUCCGUGGAGCGUCUGGACCCGCGGGAGGGCCGCUGGCGGCUGCUGCCGUCGAUGCACAGCCGGCGCAACAGCUGCGGCGUGGCCGUCCUCGAUCGGUCCCUCUACGCCGUCGGUGGGAACGACGGCAGCCUCUGCCUCAGCAGCGCCGAGCGCUUCGACCUGACCGCCAACAUGUGGGACCACGUCGGCUCCAUGCACUCGCGCAGAACGACACACGAGGUGGUCCAAGCCGACGGCUACCUCUACGCCGUCGGCGGCAACGACGGCAGCUCAAGCCUCAACACUGUUGAGCGCUACGACCCCCGGCACAACAAGUGGAUGCUCGUCACUGCCAUGAUGCUUCGACGAAGCAGCGUCGGCGCUGCAGUACUGGAGUGUCCCGUGCUAGAACGUGCAAACUCUACGUCAUUCGCCACGGUCAUUGGCACCUCCUCCGAGCCGUGAGGCUAGCGCUGCCAGCCUUUCCUGUGCUUGGCCCAAGACUUUUUUCAGCAUCAUUUUAUGCUGCUGUCUUGGGAGCACUUGGUGCGAAGAGACUGUAGGGUCUUGGCGGUGCUCUCGCCGUCAGCAAAACUUCAAGUCGGCAUUCUCACAUUUUGUGCACUGCUUUUUCAAGCCCACAUUGGUGCAACAGUGAGAUCAGAUAAAUCUGGUAUUCCUUAAUGGAACAGCGGAGUUUCUCAAAUUGGGUGCUACGAACAUUCACAUUACUUCCAACAUUGGAAGUGCGUUAGGUUGCACUUCGCUAUAGGACACUGUUUCCCCCAACACCUUCACACCUUAGUGAUGCCCAGUUGACCCAAGAGUAACUGCUGCAUCCGUAUUUUUCUUCUCUGACAAAUAACUGCCUUGUGAGAUGUUCUGACACAAUCUAGGUGUGAAAUCCACAGUGAUUCUAGCCUUUCAGAAGCAACCUGCUCCUAGGUUGAAGAGUGAUUUGAGAGCGGUUUCAAGCACAUUCCAUGAUCAUCCGCUGUCACUCAUCUAUUUGUUAGACAGGCGUGUCUUGCGCAUGCAAUGUGUACAGAGUGAUAUUGUUUUGUAGGAAUGCACGAACUGUGGACCAUCCCCAUUGUCUCUCUCUCAAAGCAAUUUCAUGUGAAUCAGUUCUGGCAAGUGGGGAAGAAAACAAGAAGCGGCAUAUUUAAUGGCUGCCUGAUGUUUAUCUUAGUUUGAAAAGGCUUUCCUUUCACUUAGUGGUCAAGAAUAGAUGCUAAUCAUUUCUGAGAGCACGGGAGUACGCUACGCAUGAUACCGGUGAGCUGUUGAAUCACGUUUACUAAUGUCUUUGAUCGAACUAGCUUCAUUACCUGAUAGUGUGAUCAGUGAGACGUAUGUUUCUUAUUUCAAAGCUAGCUUAUACUAAACUUACGUAAUGCCUCAUGUUUUUACCUUUUCUUUAUUUCUUCUCUAAGCUGUGUUCAAAUACUGAUUGUGCUUGUUACGAGCAGGAACACCUGCUAAUUUAUUGAAUAAAUUAAUAGCCUGUACUACAAUUUUCCUAUUCAAGUUUAUUGAUUCAAAUCUUCACAUUCUUUGAUUUCUCGUUCUAGUCUUUAUACACUUUACGUUUGUAAUUUAGGGUGCAAGUUUAAAGCUUGAUUAUGACAAUACUGUUUCGUUAGGCAUCCUCUUACUUGGUAUUGUUAGUAAAUUGUUUCAAUGACUAGAAGUGCUUGAAUGUUGGCUUAAUUACCAGAUUGGUGCUUUCAAGCCUACGCCCAUUAGUACUGUGUUGAACAAUUUGAGCAUUUGCUGGCAUUUAAGAUGACGGUUGUACUGUUUGCUGCAUGCGCGUCCCAUUAGUACAUUAACAUAAGUGUGUUCAUGUACCUUACUUUUGUCUUUUCUGCCACAAGGGGAUUGUUUCACCGAGUUGGCACAACUGUCACUCAAUUAUAUGCCGUGAUCAGGUUAAAAAGAUGCGUGUGAGGUCAUGAGGUUUAGUGUGAAUGAAUGGCAGAAAGUUCUUUAGCGUAAACAGGCCAAUAAUAGUCAGGAGGCACUUUGCCUAUGGGUUACUGGUAGAUGGUAGAAUGUUCUUUCAUUCUUUUCACAUUUUCAAUGCUAAAUAAAUGCGGCAUAACAACUUAUAUUGCUUAGUCUGUUAAGAUUCUCCAUAAGACACUUCGCAUUUGCCUAGCUUGUUGCAGAGCCGUAGAGGUUUAUUUGCUAUUGGGGUAAAUUUUUUUUUACUUUGGCACCUCAUUAUACACAUUAGCCUUACAGCACAACUGGGCUGCAUUGUUUAUAUCCCUCACACCCUUAUAUCCACAGAGAGGAGAAUAAGGAAAAUCUCAACGAGGCUGUGCGAAUGGUACAUUCAUAAUCCUGUAACAGACUUCUGCUCCAUAGAUGCGGUGGUGUGUGUUGCCUAGUGCAGUACUAUUCUCGGCUGAUCGCCUCUGAGCACACUAUCACUUUCUGUGACGUUUUCUGUGGCAUUACGUGUUACUCAGCGACAGGCCUCCAAUGCCACAGUGACAGCCGAUGCCAUGACUGCAUUCAGUGUUGCAUCAGCAUCCUGUGCCAUAUUGUCAUUCAACAAUGUGUUGGCAAGCUUGGCACAGUUCCAGAAAUUUCGUCGACCGCACGUGUUGGUGCACCUGGUGCCUUGGCACACACAGUCUCUUAAAUGUAAGCGUAUCUUGAACGGUCGUCAAGUCUCAACUAUGCUACCACCCUUGUACUUUUUGCCACCCAACAAGUUAUGUACAGCACAUGCUUAUUUUUGUUAUCAACACAUCUUGUUUUUAAACUUUGCGAUAUUUGCUGUUACAUUCCAUAGUUCCUUCAGUUCGCCGCGCAAACACCCUAAAAUAAGCUCGCCUUUGAUAACCGGUGCACAGCUUUACUUUGUCGUCGUGUUGCAGCAUUAAGCAGUGAGCAUUACACUCUGUUAAGGAUUUUGUUCUUCAUGAUGGAGUGAUGAAGAUCAUCUAUGCACUUUUCUGGUCACUGUUCCUUACUAUGUCAUCGUGCUGAUCAUCUUGUCAACUGCUGUAGACGCCUUAGCUUUUCAGAAGUGAGCGAGAAUAGAUCUAUCUGGCCUCCUUAAAUGAUCUAUUUGCAUAUCGUUUUGGGAAUAGCAGGCCUAACAUGGGUUAGUCAUCCAUUAGGAUUCAGAAGCAUUGAUAGCUAGAUUGUGAUGGGGUCUUAUGAUGUCGAUAAAACCAUGUCACUUUAGUCUAAGGGUUGAGCAUUGCAAUGGAGGGUAGAGAAAGAAUUGACAAAGGAAAGUUGAGAGAUGCUAAAGCAUCUUGAAAUUGCAGCACUCGUAUAAGACGAACAUGAGCCCACAUCUGCAUUUUUGCAGGAAUUGUAUAGUAUGUAUUGCUCGUUGCCAUCUUUACUGCAUCUUUCAUCCCAUUAAAAAAACAAUAGCUCAUUAUCAUCAGUCAUUAGCAAGUAUCUUUCAUCUCCAGGAUUUUCACAAAUUACUGAAGCAGAGAGCGCAUUAUUUAACGGUGGUAUUAGUAUAGCCAGAGCAAGCUAUCAAAACUUGCAUGACACAAAUAAUUCAAGCACAGUAUUACGCAAAUGUACCGAGAAUAUAACGGCAGUGUCACCACUGCCAUGCCUCCGACAACACGUACAAACUUUAUAAUUAGUAUUUGUGAUAACACUCCUGUCGAUGAAGACUGUGUUCAGUGCAUAAGUGCAGAUAUUCCCGUGUUCCAAAUUCAUUAUGGGCGUGAAUCGCAUAAACAUCACUAAUGAUGUUUGGAAGAUGUACGCUCGUAGCUGCAGUUUGAACGCAGUGAAUUGGGGCACUGGUUUUACUCGCACCAUUAUGGCCACUGGGCAGCAUGAAAUGUUUGGCCAGUUUAUCCCUGCUUUUUCUGCAGUAAGCUCUUUUCAUCGUCUUUGGCAUUUCUCGGUCAAGAUAUAAGAACAACGCGAAGCCCUACAGUUCAGUUACGGGAAAAUGCACCUGCAUUAAUUGCAGCCACAUAAUUUGGCACAGCUAGAUAUUUAGAGCCUAUUUUUUUUUCAACCCAGAAUCGCCCCAUUUCUCGUCACUUCAGCACCAAAUGAAGUUGCACUGAUUGUAUCGAGCACAGCUUAUGACAGCAGCUGAGACAGUUGUAACCAUUUUUUUUUUGUCUUCCAGCAGCGUGUGGCCAGAGUGACUUGUGUGACCUUCGUGUUUAUGAUCAGUAGACUCACCACUGCUCCCGCUGUGCCUGAGGAGAAACGAUGAUGACGACUUAAUAUCAAAUCUGUGAGCAGUGAACGUGUAGUCCCAGGAGCAUGAAAAAAUGUCCUCUCGUGAAGCUUUCGUCCAUGUGACUGUGUGGCAGGACCAUUUUUUUUUUGCUCGUGGUGUGAAAGGUGCCGUUGAUUGUUGCAAGAAAAGGGCUUUUAGACGAAAGAUUUCCAGUUUGUGUCUAGCUGGUGUGAGUAUGCAGAGCGCUAAAUGAAAUGGUGAUGUAAUGGCAGAGUCACUGGUACAAGCAAAGAGAUAGAUAGGGAGGAGGAUGCAGAAUCUUUGCGUGUAGGCCAUCACUUUUGCUUUUUGUGCUGUUGUGCCAGUCUCAUUAGGAAGGUCUUUAAUGACCAGUUCUGCCAGUUUUGCAAAAUGUUCUGCUAAAACAUUUGAAACUUGUAGUACUUCACUGAAGGUUGCACAAGUAAGUAAAAAGUUGUCUGAAGGAAAUCUUGUCUAAAAAUUGAGACUGCUACUUCUAGUAAACCUUAGCAAGUGUGAUAAUGCUUUGGCAGCAGCACAAAAGGUAGCCGAGGAGGUGGGCAAACGGAUAAGGUAGCACAAGCUGUCUCCACUUGCUUGUCGCGUUCGAUUUCUUCAAUAAUUCCGCAGAGCAUUAUGGACUUGCACCAAGUCUGAAAGUAAAUUAAAAAAAGCUGAAAGUAAUUAAACGUGACAUAUAAGAUUUAUAUCAGUGCCCGAUUUCUCUGUGUCACUAACAUCAAAAUUAUUUACAUACAUUUUAUAAAAAAUGCACAUGUUUUGAAGAUUAUGCUCCACUAGUUUGGUGUUAAUAUGUUUUACUGGAGAGAGGCACUGUUUAUUAAAUGGUUCACUGCUAAACACUGUUGCUACCUCUACUUCCAAAUUCUCUACUGGAGCGGGAUCUGCACUCUGCUGGAACCUAGUACUAGUGGAUACCUUCGUAAGCCUAAUGAAUAUUCCCAAAAAUUAUUCUUCAUGGGAAUCAACUUGAAGUUUGUGUACAAUAAUCUGGUACUAUUGGGUAGAUACGCAUCACUACCAUUGAAUAGCUCGUAAAUUGGCUGGAUCUAGCAUUAACAUUGGAAAAAGUUGGUGCUGCUGGCAGGAGUCGGUUCACCUGUCACCUGUAUCAAAGGAUGUAUGUGCAGACUUGAAAAAUCGCUGGAACAAGGAAAAAGAAAAUUGGCUAAUGUUUAUCGUGAGCAUUCAUUAUCUUGUUAGCAUCUUGUUGAACUUUUGUUCUGCUUUUUAUCUUUCUAGAAUGCUUACUUGUUGCACAUUUCAACCUACUUCUUUUAUCUGUGAAAGUAUGUAUUUCUGGCAGAGCGCUCAGCUUGUUCUUAAUUCUGCGUGGAGAUGAUUGUGCCUGUGGUGAAGUGCACAGAUAAAACUAAUUCCCCCUUCAGUUUUGCCUAUCUCUUUUAUUUUAUAUAAAAGUCUUUCAACUACAUUGAAUACACUGAUGCACAAAUAACUGCCCCAAACGGCCUCGGCAAAGAACAUCUAUCGCGUGCCACACGCACAGCAAGAGUGGGUGGCAAAACUUGCCACUUUUCAUUAGUGCAGCAAACAUCUACAGAGUUAGCAUUGUGCUCUGCUUUGGUGCCUUGUACAGCCUUCUCAGCUGGCAUGUUUAUGUGCACGUGCUGCGUAAUGUGGCCAUCGCAACUUCAGUGCAACUUAUUCAUCUCCUGUGCCGAAUCCCUCGUGUAAGGGCUCCUCACUCGUUUGCUAUAAAUACCGCAUGUCUACUGUCUGCUACUACCCAAGUAGCAGCGAAUAUUUGAGCAUUCAGUUUCCGCUUUAAUUAAAACUAGCCAGCACGAAAGCUGCCUCUUGUGGCCGACAUACAAUAACCUAGUCCCAGAGUUCUGGUGAUGAGACUACUACUUAAAUUCCCUGCUACCUUGGGUACUCUAGGGUGUUACUUGGCAAUCUGCCUCGAUUUCGCAAGGUGAGGACAGUGUCGUCUCUCAAUCGAAGUAGUAGCCGUGCUAAGGUAGCGUUCUUUGGGUGUGAGUGAUCACUGACCAACAACAUUUCAUGGUGCUCGGCUCUCUGUGCAGACGCCUCUGGCAGAAGUGUGCGGGGAUGUCAUACACCUACACUGCCAGCUUCGCAAAUCUUUUUUUUAGAUGGAGUAAAAACAUGUGCACGACUGGUGAUUCUGCCAUAGUCCUGUGCAUUUCAGGCUAGCCCCAAAGUGACCCGUGCUCUUUAUACACCGCCUCAGCAAUUUCGUGGUCUGCAAUAUUGGGUUCCUUUGCAGCAGCAAGGUGGAACGAGCCUGACGCUCUUUGUGCAUAACUUAGCCAGACAAAUAUUCAGCCAUUUAUUUUCUUUCAUGCUACGUUUUGGCAUUCCCAUUUGCAUUGCAAUAGUGCUGUAACUAUUUCCUAACAAUGUGGAGUGAGCGUUUUCUAAUCUAGUCUCUGGUCCUUAGCCUUGCUACAGUGCUUUGUAGGCUCACUCGUGAUGCAUGCCUUGAAAGCAUGCGGAAGUGACGGUUGUGAGUAAAUUUUUUUUUACUACUUUCCAGUGACCUUGCGAAGCAAUCGUUUUAUACGUAUGGCGUGUUAGUCGUGUAUUGCCAGUGUAAUGUGUUGUGUAUGUAUGAAAAAUGGUAUGUGAUUAUGCCCGCUGUAAUGUUUCGAGCAAUGUUUAGGGAAAAGAAAUCUGUUUUGGCAUGACUAUUUCUUUUCCUUUGUGAUUUACUCUUGUGCUGUUACUCACCAACUAUAUAUUCAGUGCACGCAUUGCACGUCUAGUCACACUCGUCGGAUGCCAGGUUUGCUAGCCUUCCAUUGAGCAAGUGCACCACUCUGUGCCCUCUUGCAUAAAUUCUUGUAGUAGUGAUCAUGUGCGCUGAUGCUUUUUUGCUUUAAAGGUGCUGUACAUGCUUCACAUGUAAAGCACUGUAUAUUCUUUUCCUUUUUGCUUGGAGCUUGACACCGUUUUGCAUUAGCAUGGCAAGAAAAGUUAGCUUACGCUAAAUAAUGCACAGCAGCCUCAAAGUUAAGUGUCGAUGGAACCUCUUACCAUUGUUUUCUUUUUUAUUGAGUUCCAAUGCUUCAAAAUCAUUUCCAAACAAUGGAUGCUUUAUUUUCUCAGCUCUGAGGUCUACUUAGGACAUGUACUUCUGCAUACAGUUUCUUUGAUCGUUUGGGAUUAUAUGUAUGAAGCAUUUUGUCAUGUACUCUAAAACUGCACGUAUCUAGUGAAGGAGCCUGUUGCAAGUUGGGAAACGUUUUGUUGGACUUUCAUGUUUAAACGUUUUUCAUCUAGUACCUCAUUUAUGUCAACACCUUUAGCAGGCUUAUUUUCUUGGUUUGUGUGCCAGGCACCUGUAAUGAUAAAGAUUUCCCUGUGGCUUUCUGGUAUAUGGCACAUUGCUUGCAUGUUCUUCUCAAACCUGUUUUUGAGUUGAUAUUCAGUUCGGUUAAUGUUCGUUAUUGAUCCUAGGGGCUGCGAUAGAGUUAUAGAACACUCCCCCCACCCCUCCAACAUACUCUGUUUUUGACUGUGUAGAAUAUAGUACGUGUCUUUGAAAUAUGGCUGGGAAAAGAGGCAAUCUAUGCUUUGUCGCAUUUGCUUGACAGUUGAUGUCCUUGAGGCACAUGGCUUUGAGAGCGUGCACAAAGUAUGUGUGUUGUGUGUCAUAUGAUGUGCUUAUUCUACGUCAUGGCGUUGUGAAGCGAAUUGUAGUGUGUUGUCUGUGAACUCUAUUAUGUGGUAGAGAUUUGUUGGAACCAUCAACUGCACAGGUGUGCUGAUGCGUUUGUGUAGUGAGAAACUGAAGAGUAUGAAAGAGUAGUCUUUCUUUUUGCAUACCUUGAACAGAUGUGCAAACUUGUGGCGUAGUGCUCAUGGAUGCUUUUUUUUUCUUCUUUAUUUGUGUCACAACACAUGUAAGUGUGAUGGUGACACAAAAGGACUUUCUAUGGAGUCCUUGAGACAAAUUUUGGAGCUGCUGCUUGUGAUGCAGAGAUUUAGAACAGUGCACCAUAUGUCCUUACUGUCCUUUCAACGCCUGUGAUUUCCGCUCCAGUUCGAUUCUUAGCUGCUGUGGUGGCUACAAUUAGAGUGUGCCAAGACUCGUAAGUGUUCUUGCACUGUGUGCUUUCGGUGCACGCUGCAAAAGAUGAAAGGAAAGUUAAAUAUUUCAGAUCCCCUCCACAACAACCCUUCUCACAACCGCGGGGUUGUUUGGAGCAUUAAACUACACAAAUGGCCCUGGUCACCAGCACAGCAGCUUCACAAUUUUCAGCGAAGAUUGUACUUUGAAAGAUGCCCGGUGAUUUUGGCCACAGUUCGGUGUGCCCCUCCGUGCAUUUACGUGUUGUUGGAAUCUGUGCGAAGUGUACUACAUGCGGGCGUAAUGCAGCAUGCAGUGGUGUCUGCUUAUUUGCGUGUGUCAAUGGGGGCCUACUGAAUGUAUAGAUUGUGUGUGUGGCAUUUAUGUAUGACGUGCGCACGUAUGCACUUUUGUCUGUUCUUACAAGCCCCCCCCUCUCCCCCUCCCCUCUCGUUGAAGACCUGCACGUCCUAGAGUGAUUCCUGAAAAAUCUGAAGCACAGCAGUAAGUCAAAAGCCGCUCAGUAUUUACACUGCCUCGGUUGGGUCACUCGAAACUACUGCCAUUUUCAUUAGCCUAGCCCGAACUGUAAACCAGUUAAACUAUCGUACUAUUAAGUUAGCUUUCCUACAUACGUCACUGCAUAAAAAUUUAAUGCUUUUGAAGGUAUAGUGGAGUAGUCUAGCGGUUAGGGCGCUCGGCUGCUGUCCCAAAAUCACGGGUUCGAUCUCGGCUGCGGCGGACGCAUUUUGAUGGAGGCAAGUAGGUAGAGGCCCCUGUACUGUGUGAUGUCAAUACAGAAGUGCUAGAUGGUCCCAAUUUAUGGAGCCCUCUACUGUGGCGUCCCUCAUAACAAUGUCGGGGUUUUGGCACGUAUAACCUCAGAUAUGAGGUAUGGGGAAGAAAAAAAUGAGUUGCUCUGCAGAGCUUCCUACAUUUGAGAGCUCAACUGAAUUGCAUUAAUGAAAAUAGAUUCAUAGUGGGAGGUUUCCGGACUGUGCAGUGAGAACCUAAACGAGCUCUUGAAGUUCCAACGUUGGCAGGCUUCGUGUAGUCAAGACAAUUUGUCUUGCGAUCGAAAAUCAAAACUACUUGUCCCGAUCUUAAGUGACAGUUAAAUUUAAACAUCCACUGAAGCCCAUCUUAGAACAACGUGGUGUUAAUAAGUGUAGCUUAACUUUACGUCUAUGCAGUUCACAUGUGCAAAAAGUACUUGGUCAGCAAGCAAUACAAAUAACGAAUGCUUUGGGCCAUUCUUUUGACGAGGCAUUGCUUAUAACACUCCAAGUGUGAAGCUCUUACUGUGAAAGUUAAGAUUCCUUUUUUGUGUGUGUAAAAUUUUUUUAAUGGUUAAUUUAAGUAAAUAUGUUAUCCUUAAGGUUUACUUCAGAUAUCUAGCCAAUACAUCCGGGGAAAAAGUUGGAAGCUAUUGAAGUCGUUGUUGUAAGUCAUUGAAGAUUUCGAGUAUCGCUUUCAUUGACAACUGGUAACGCCAACUGGCAGAUAAAACACGAGACAUUACUGGCACGAUUGCACACUUUUCAAAUUGCAUAACGGCCACAGCUUUUUGAUUACCGGUAAGUGAAGCCAGAAGAACUUUAGCAAUUUCAAGCAACAGUUGUACUCAUUCAUGUUGGUGCAAACUCUUGAAACAGGUACAGCUAUAGAUUCGAAAUGGUCAAAACAUCUGCGAGAAAUUGAGGUUCGGGUCACAUCUGCAGUUCCACCCUGCAUUCUGGAAGAUGCGGGAUUUCCGAUUUGUGAAUCCCUCUCAACUUUUUUGACCCACACUCCAGUGCAUUGAGCUGUCAUUAAUUACCCUUUGUCUUGCUGGCUUCCAUUUAGUUUAGUUCAUAGAGUAAAUUCCCGAAGGGCGAUUGCAUCACGUUUGAUCGCCGGACAAGGAUGCAUUUCUUCUCUUCAAAGUGUUUUCUUUUAAUUUGUAUCAUUUUUUUCUGAAGCUUUGAGCGACUUUCGCAUAAUCUCCUAGCAUCAUGCCUUUGUCAAAACUCCCUUCACCUCGUAGAUUCAUGCAGGAUUUACGUGUUUGAGCGAUGUGCCACUUCGUAUAGUAAAUUUAAAGUUUAAAAGAAAGAGGGCAGUAUUCAUAAACCUUUUUACAUUUAAGCUUCCUUCAUGUGAAUCUGCAUGCAGCUACACUGCCUAACAUUUGCUGUGUACAUACCUUGCAACAUUUUUGUCACUGAUUUCAACUUCUUGCAAACUUUGCUGCAAAGCAGCAACACUAAACAAAAUACUAUACAGGUACCUUCUUUUUUGUUCUCUGCAUUAUUUCUAAAGAUGCAGAAAACAAAAAGCACAUUGAAAACAAAAAAACAGCCCACAAAAAAUGCACGUCAUUUUGAAGUGCAUCUAAUUUUCCCACCUUUGUGGCACACACAGAUGCAGUGGCGGUAGACAUUAUGCUUUGCGCGGCACUGUACAUUAUAAUCAUCUUGUAGUUGAGAUGCCUACAGAUAUUUCUCAAACUUACGGCCAUUUUUCGGUCUUUCUCACACACAUUUGCCUCGACUUCAUGUGGUCGUUUUUGCAAUGUUUGUGAAAUACCUUUUGCUGUUCCUCUUUGCUACAUUUUUCGCUCUGUGUACCAUGUACAAAGGUUGUUUUCUUUUUUUUCUUACCUGGAAUGAAAUUGUAUGAUGCCCGGUAUUUGUGGAAAAAAAAAUCCCCUUUGAGGCAGUGCUGGACACUAGUUCUGCUUCGAGUGAAUAAAUUUUCCAAGCUGUGGAACACUA